GGAAAUACGAAUAGAGUUUACGAAUACGCUAGGGUGCAAUGGUUGGUGAGCAAGGUGAGCGGUGCAAUGGUUUGUAUUAGGUGUUAUGGUAUUUGUUCUGGUUUUGGUGCCUGUUGUCUGGCAACUGGUGUUCUUCCUUGGUCAUCACCGAUCUUGCUUGGUCGCAGCAGCACUGGCAGUUGCUCUUGGUCACUCCGUCUCUCGUCGUCUCUACGGUAACUGCUUGUGUACGUUUGUGUAUGGUUGCGUGUGUGUGUCUGCCGAAUCUUGUCUUCUUUUACAGCAAUAAAUGUCCCUUCUGCCUCCUGCCUCUUCUCUCCUACCUCGUACUUCUCUUCUCAUUCUUCCCUUCCUCCUUACUCCUCCCUCCUGUCCCCCCGAGGGUCCUCACCACCGCUGGCCGCCUCGCAGACUCCACUGCGCUGCGGUCUUGCUGUGGUCCCACCGACCCCCGCAUCACUCCCACACUGUCCCCACCUUCCCCACAUCUGUCGUCGCCUAGCUCUCCAUAGUCCUCGGAUAUUGUCGCUACGCACGGUCACACGAUUCAGCUCGUCGCUACCGAAUAUCGCGUUUUUAAAAAGCUAUAGCGUUUAAAAAGCGUUCCGUACAAGUGGCCGGGUAACGCGCGAACAGCGACCGUAAGUCAGUAAACUCAGAAUCGUCUGGCUACGGACGACCCAAGGUGCCGAAUCGGACACUCGGAGAGGGAUGGAGGGCAAUGUGGUGCGUUCCAGUGCAGUAGUGCAGCAAACUCGAUCAUAUUCAUGCACUAGGUCGUUCGUGCUGGUUGAUUCUCGCCAACUCGGAGAACGCUGUUUUUGUUUACUUUCAUAUUUCCAACCAUCGCUAAACUACCCCAGCUUCGCGUGGUCUCGGGUGCCCCCACUUUGUCUCGUAACGACUAGCGCAGCUGCGUUCCGCUUCUGUCGCCUAUUUUCGCCUGCACUGCGCUUCCCUAGGGCCCAUGCUCUGGUACAAAUAAGCUUCCCUGUGGAGGAAACUGCAGCUUCCUCCUCAGAGCACUUCUCCUCUACCAACUGCUAGGUGCUCGUUCCUCUUUUUUUUUGUUCUUUCUUAUAUCAUAGA